GUUUUCUUCCCCUUUUUAUAGGGCGACAGAGCUUGGCCUCUCCACCCAAUUCCUUUCUUCUCUCAUUAUAAGGUUCUAAGAUCUCCUCGUGUUGUUGUUUUCGUCACGAAGGAUUGAUUCGUUGAGAUGACGAAUGUCGACAUGGAAGAGAUAUUGAGGCAGCUGCCGAGCGAUGGCACGGUGGCGAGGACGAAGAUCGUGUGCACGCUCGGGCCGGCGUCGAGGUCGGUGGUGAUGUUGGAGAAGUUGUUGAGGGCAGGCAUGAAUGUGGCAAGAUUCAAUUUCUCCCACGGCUCCCAUGAAUAUCACCAGGAGACUCUCGAGAACCUCAAGAUCGCCAUUCGCAAUACCAAGAUCUUCUGCGCCGUCAUGCUAGACACCAAGGGACCUGAGAUCCGCACCGGCUUCCUGAAAGACGGAAAGCCCGUCCAAUUGAAGAAAGGUCGAGAAAUCACCGUAACCACCGAUUACAGCAUUAAAGGAGACGAAAGCAUUAUUUCGAUGAGUUAUAAAAAGCUUCCUGAAGAUCUAAAGCCGGGAAACACCGUCUUGUGCUCGGACGGGACGAUAUCUCUGACGGUCUUAUCUUGUGAUACCCGGGCCGGAACCGUGCAAUGUCGCUGCGAGAACAGCGCAAUGCUCGGCGAGAGGAAGAACGUUAAUCUGCCGGGAGUCGUCGUCGAUCUUCCCACCCUGACGGACAAAGACAAGGAAGACAUUAUGGGGUGGGGAGUCCCCAAUAAUAUCGACGUAAUCGCUCUCUCGUUUGUUCGCAAGGCCUCUGAUCUUGUUGCCGUGCGCGAGCUUCUCGGACCCUAUGCCGAUCGCAUAAAAUUGAUGUCUAAGGUUGAGAAUCAGGAGGGAGUUGUAAACUUCGACCAAAUCCUGAACGAGACGGAUGCCUUCAUGGUGGCGAGAGGAGAUCUUGGAAUGGAGAUUCCGAUCGAGAAGAUCUUCCUCGCUCAGAAGAUAAUGAUCCAGAAGUGCAAUCUCGCCGGCAAGCCGGUCGUCACCGCCACCCAGAUGCUCGAAUCCAUGACCAGCUCUCCGCGCCCCACGCGCGCGGAGGCCACGGACGUCGCCAAUGCCGGGGACGGAUGCUGAGUCGACGGAGGCGAUCGUGGACGCUGCUUUGAAAAAGGCGGUGGAGAGGAAGCUAUGCAGUCCAGGGGAGGCGGUGGUUGCUCUGCAUCGCAUCGGCGUUGCUUCCAUCAUCAAAAUCAUGGUGGUGAAGGGAUCGAAGAAGUCGACCUGAAUCGGCUCGAAGUUUAGGGUUUCUUAACCUUUUAGGAUUUUGCAUCUCUUUUUAUUUUUUCAUUUGAUUUGAUACAUUAAUUACUCUUUGGUAAUUUUUAUUUAUUUUAAUUUGACUUUUAAAAAAAAGGCUAAUUUUUAUCCUCAGUGUUUUUAUUGGGAAGUGAUGGAUGAUUUUUUUUUUG